ACAGGAGGAACACGCGACUGCACGGGAAACCACAUGGCCUCCCCCCAUUGUGGCGGGCCGACGAGAAGCUGGCAGACGGGGAGAGACGGCGAGGGAAGCCCCGCUUGCAAAUAUUGGAAAAAGUGCUCGCAGGCGGUCCGGACAAAGGUGGCAGAGGGUCCAACAGAUGGCAACACACACACAUGCACACACUGGACUUUUGCGGGAGUCCGGACGGGGCGCUCGCCGGCACGCUGGUGCAGAGCUCUGUGACUGAACCCGAGUUGCCUCUCCUCCACAGAGCGGAUGUGCGGACGUGUGGCGAGCCAGCCGUACGCCACAAACGAACGGCGCGGAUCUCUCGGCGUCAAACCUCGCUGGGAGCCGGAGAUCGGACCGUGUCGACCAGAUAGGAGUGGCGGCAGCGUGCGUCCUCAGCGAUUCGUCAAAGCCGUCACGCCUACCGCCCGCUGGUCAUCCGCCACGCGAUAACGCCGCAGGAAACGCCAAAAGUUACAUUUGUACUCGAAACGUCUCGACCCCUCCCUCUCGGAGGACGCCAAAUACAUCAGGCGCCGUGUACAUCUUGGGCAAACCUCAACUUCAAGAUUUUUUCUCCUUCCUCCCUCAUUUAAUAUCGCCCUGAAUGCGACGAGCCGCUCGCCACCACGUGGUCCGAUUCCCUCGAGUCUGGCGCCAAUGCGGUUUCCUCUUUCAGACUCCCGCCCGGAGAACUCCACCCGACCCGUCGGAAGCUCCCCGGCCGGGCACGUCGAGUCGCCUCAAAGCGGCCGAGCCCGGCGGAGCGUCCGGACCAGCGCACGAGUGUAAGUGAUCCAAACGCUGCUUUUUUUCGACGUCCCCGAGCCGUAGGAGGCGAAGAUGAGUCCAGCGGUCCUUUGGGGUGAGGUAGUAGGUUGUAUAGUCUUAGGGUCCUUCCCAAACUGUCACAUGACUAUACAACUUACUGUCUUUCCUGAAGCGACUGUCAAGGCGGCGGCGGCGGCACCAAAACUGUAGCAGCAUGUAAACGGCAAUUUUUUCCCCCCCCCGUCAACUCUGAUCUCACUUUCCGGUGAUUUACGGUGUUCGUACAGGGUGAGGUAGUAGGUUGUGUGGUUUCAGGGUUGUGAUUUUACCCCAUCAGGAGCUAACUAUACAACCUACUGCCUUCCCUGGAGGGCAGCAAUUCGUCCUAGGAGCCGCACGUCACCCUCCUCCAAACGGCGCCUUGACGUCAGCAAGCGCACCCGUGCGCGAAGGGUGUCGACUGAAUCCAGGCCGGAGUAGGACGCUCCCGAAGCGGCUGCGCUGAUCCAAACGUCUCCCUCUCCGUCUUCGCAGUCAAACGAGCGCCCCCGGGAUUUGUCAUCUGGAAAUGCUCGGCAGCCAAAUCUCUGCGUCUGGUGAGUGAGGCCGGCAUCCAGGCAUGGCAGGGGACCUCUACUGCCCCCCGUCCCCAUUAGGGGACUCCCUUUUGGACAGCCCCCUGUGCGCUGACCUCAUGGACGAUCUUGGCGAUAUAUCCCAGUCCGUCAGAGACCAGGCUCUGGGGUUUGAUUUCCCGGCGUACCAGAAUCCUGGUUCGGAGUCGGAGAGCUCCAUUGCACUGGACACUUUAACCCCGGCUUCCAGUCCGUCACCGGGGGGCUGCGGGGAGGCAUCGCGGCCUGGUGAGGUCUCGGGCCCCCUCAGCUUGGAGUGCAGGGUGUGUUCGGACAAAGCGUCGGGGUUCCACUACGGCGUGCACGCCUGUGAGGGCUGCAAGGGUUUCUUCAGGAGAACCAUCCGGCUCGGGCUGGAGUACGACAAGUGCGAACGCCAUUGUAAAAUCCAGAAGAAGAACCGCAACAAGUGCCAGUACUGCCGCUUCCACAAGUGCCUUUCGGUGGGCAUGUCUCACAACGCCAUCCGCUUCGGCCGCAUGCCCCAGGCGGAGAAGAUCAAGCUGAAGGCGGAGAGCAAAAUGGCGGAGAAGAAGAAAGAGGCGAGCCCGGCGCUGUCUGACCAUCGGGCGCUCGUCGGGCGCAUCCACCGAGCCUACAUGAAGAACUUCAACAUGAACAAAGCCAAAGCGCGGCUCAUACUCACCGGGAAGAGCAGCGAGCCGGUAAAUCCGGCGACGGACGCGCUCGUUCUCAUCAUCUUCACCUCACCUUUUUGUCUUCCUCUUCAGCCGUUCAUCAUCCACGACAUGGAGACGUUCCAGCUCGCCGAGAGGACGCUAGCGGCGUCCAAAGGGGACGACGCGGAACCCGAGUGCAGCCUCUCGGCGGGGGUCCUGGUUGCCGCCGUAGGGUGCGGCGGGCUCCGGCAGAGAGAGGCCGAAGCUCGUCUCUUCCAUUGCUGCCAGAGCACCUCCGUGGAGACGGUCACCGAGCUCACCGAGUUCGCCAAAGCUAUUCCCAGCUUCCAGAACCUGGAUUUGAAUGAUCAGGUGACUCUCCUCAAGUACGGUGUUUACGAGGCUCUCUUCACGCUCCUGGCCUCGUGCAUGAACAAAGACGGGCUCCUGGUGGCGCGCGGCGGCGGCUUCAUCACCCGUGAGUUCCUCAAGAGCCUCCGGCGGCCCUUUGGCGAUAUAAUGGAGCCCAAGUUCCAGUUUGCCGCACGCUUCAACUCCCUGGAGCUGGACGACAGCGACCUGGCUCUCUUCGUGGCCGCCAUCAUCUGCUGCGGAGACCGUCCGGGUCUUGUGAACGCGACGCUGGUGGAGAGGCUCCAGGAAGGGAUCGUGCAGGCGCUACGGCUCCACCUGCAGGCCAACCACCCCGACGACGCCUUCCUCUUCCCGAGGCUGUUGCAGAAAUUAGCCGACCUCCGGGAACUGGUGACGGAGCACGCUCAGUUGGUGCACGAUAUCGAGACCACGGAGGACACCUCGCUGCACCCCCUCCUCCAGGAAAUCUACAGGGACAUGUACUAAAAGUUAUUUUUAGGACAAAAGGAGCCAGAAAAGAAAAAGUGAAAUAGUGUUGCAGCCAAGGUCUCAAACUCAAGUUUAAAUCUUUAUCAUGCAAUAUUUAAAACUUAUUUUUGACGCGUGACCACUGUGAAAUUAGCGAAGAAACCAGUAGUUGAGUUUCUUUUAUUUUUUGAACUGUAAUUCUAACCCCCUUGAAUUAAUCACUGAAUUCCACUUGAAGCAAUCAUGCUUCAUACCCUUUGUACAAUCUUUCAUAAAUACAAAAUACUAUGUGCCAGUAUGAAUCAUUUGUUUUAACAAGACAAUAAUUGUAUGAUUCUGUACAAACGUAUUUUCAAAAAUGUAUAUAAAUAAUAUUGUUCUAAAUUGUA